AUGGCCCCAGCAUUGAACACUAUUCAGCAAGAUCUCCAUUUCCAAUCCACCCUCCUUGUCAUCUUAUCUCUGUCAGUCUUCCUUUUAGGCACUGCGGUGCCACCUCUGUUUACGGCUCCCCUCUCCGAAGGUUUUGGGAGAUCGAUAGUCCUUCAGUCAACUAAUGUCUUCUACAUCAUCUUCAAUACCCUGUGUGAUGCUGCGAAAACCCAGAAUCAACUAAUUGUCUUCCGUUUCCUCGCCGGCUUGGGUGGAGCCGGUCCCUUUGCUAUUGGAAGUGGCAUCACUGCCGAUCUGUUCCGAUCUCGCGAAAGGGGCUGA